ACCGGUAUCGGGAUCGGGAUCGGAAUCGGAGCCGGAGCCGGAGCCGGAGCCGGAGCCGGUCCCGGCCGCAGCAUGGGCGGGUGGUGGGACAUGGCCGCGGAGGAGCUGGAGCAGCAGUACUCCCCCAGCCGCUGGUCUCCCCGCUUGGGCCCCGACGAAGUGAUCCAGGCCCACCUCGCGGCGACGGUGGCAGGAACCCAGCGGGCCCGGGCUGGCGCUAAGACCUCUCUGCACGUCCCUUACGGCGACGGGGACGGCGAGAAGCUGGACAUCUACCUCCCCACAGACCCGUCUGGAACCUUCCCUGUCCUGGUCUAUAUCCACGGUGGAUACUGGCAGUGCCUGAGUAAAGAUGAGUCAGGGUUUGCAGCCCCCUCGCUGGUGUCACAGGGCGUGGGGCUGGUGGCUGUGGGCUAUGACAUCGCUCCCAAAGGACACAUGGACGCCAUGGUCAUGCAGGUGCGGCGCAGCAUCGCCUUCCUGGUGGAGCACUACAAUAGGAUCAGAGGCAUUUACCUGUGUGGACACUCAGCGGGGGCUCACUUGGCAGCCAUGGUGUUGUCCACGGACUGGACGGAAUACGGUGUGGUGCCAGAUAUCAAAGGAGCGGUGCUGGUGAGCGGCGUCUACGACCUUGAGCCCAUCCUGCACACCUACGUGAACGAUGCGCUUCACAUGAGCUGGGAGGUGGCCCAGCGGAACAGCCCCCUGCUGCACAUCGCCCCGGCAGCACCUGCGGCUGCCGCCUGCAAGGUGCUGGUGGCCGUGGCCCAGCACGAUUCCCCCGAGUUCCGCCGGCAGUCGCGGGAGUACGUCCUGGCCCUGCGGGCAGCCGGCUGGUCCGUCUCCAUGCUGGAUCUCGCCGGCGUGGAUCACUUUGACAUCGUUGAGAAGCUGGCUGAGGACAGCUACGUCCUCACUCAGGUGAUUCUCAACAUGAUUUUGAGAGCCUGAUGGCAUGGCGGGAGCAGAGAUGGGAAACAGCCCUGUGCACACCCAGCCCUGCUGCCCUCCUCCCUGUGGCUGAUGCCUGCAGCCAGGCAGGGGCUGGAGCAGGGGAGCACCAGUUACCACCAGGGAUAGCAUUCCUUUGCUGGGGUGUUUCUGCCCGUAUGAAGUGCAUGGAGCUGGCAGAUCUGGUGGGCUAUGUCUGGACAAAGGGGUGAUGAUGUUUGUUCCCUUUAAACUGCUUCCUGCCAACACAAAAUAAACCAGGAAUAGCUG